GCUAAUGCUCGACCCGCGUACAUCAUGCGUUGCGCCGAAUGUGACUUGGUCUAGUGGAAACGUGCCGGCUGGUGUCGACAUGUUUGGGGUACUAACUUCUAAAAAAAAUAGAAGAUCAUUUUUAUGACGAAUAAGCAAGAAUUAAUAUGUAGUAAUUCCAUUUCCAAAUUCAACGACUUAACGUCCGCGUUUUGCAAGACGUUCAAUUAGGGGCAGAUCAACGUUGGUUUCUUCGUUAUUUGAUGUUGGUCCUCCGUGUCACCAGCAAACUACUCAAAUGACAUCGAUCAUCCAUUGCAACAGAUGCAACCUGUCCUAUUUGGCGCACCCUUGGGCGUGCCGCUGCCACCACCCUUUUUUCCGCAGUAUGGCAUGCCGAACCCUGAGGGCACUCCUUCUAUGCAGGAUUCGUAACGAUGAAUGGGGCGGCUCCUCCCGUACCGGAUUCUGUCGUAGCGUUACGAUCAAUGAAGAAGUAGCGAAGUAGUACCGUUAACGAAGUGCCGUGGUUGCUGAAUAUGACAUGUAAGAAAACAUAUCCUGCUGAAAGUAGAAAAUUUUACGUUUCUGGGGUCGUCCAAGCUUCUGUGCUUCUAGCAUGUGUAUGCUUUUUGUUUUGAAGAUUCCCAUAACCCUUUCCAAGUCCAGUUUCCUGGUUCUCCUAGUCAUUAUUCCCCUCCCUUCCUCUUGCUCCGAUGAUUGGUACUAUGCAGACACUGCCAAAAAAUUCUAUGAUCAUUAUAUAUAUAUAUAAGUAUAUCAGAGCAGUUUAUAG